GUUGUAACAAACUGAUCCUCUGCUGCUAAGUUGGGAUGACCUUUUUGUUUUAAUAUAAUAUGUUUGAUGUGGUAUAAGUGACAUGCAGUUUUAAACAAGUUUUGUGGGCUGUGCGCUUUCCUUGAGUAUUUUAAAGGAGUACGCUGUGAGUGUGCAUGUGCGUGUUGCGUGUGUGGUGUUGUAGCAAAGCUACGUUAGAAUUUAGGGUUAACAUUUCUGCCUUUUCCUGGGCUUGACCGUUUGGUUUGUUUUCUUUAAAAUGUUGUGAAUUUUGAGGGUGCUUGAGGAUGUCAGUUGACUCUGCUGUUGAGGAAGCUGGAUAUUGCGAUCUGACCAAGAUCAUCUUGGACGUGGGGAAAUUAUCUAUGCAGGAUGGUCACCCAGCCCUUCCUGCAGACUAAUAGCAGGAAUCCAUGCUGUAAGCAUUUGGUUCCGAUGAGUGUUACAGAUGCCUUCUGAGGAUGGGUUUUCAAGGAAUUAAUGUCUGGAGAAGGUCUCUGAUAGAUAUGACAUCACAGCAUCUAUAAAUAAUGCAUUACGCAAUAUGCUGCAAGCAACCGGCCUCAGCCAUCUGCACCGCGAUGCUGCGCAGUCAUCGGAAUAAUGGCUUUUACUGAGGUCAGAAACCACAUAGAACAGCAUAAACAUAAAUGGAAAGUGUGUGUACACUGUGUCUGCGUGCUAGAGGAUUCGGCCCAGUCUUAGACAUCCACGACAGCGAUGGGAGUCCCAGCAGCAGCCACCAGAACCCCAAGAGCACAGCCAAGUGGGCGGCCUCUCUGGAGAAUCUGCUCGAAGACCCAGAAGGCGUGAAAAGAUUUAGGGAAUUUUUAAAAAAGGAAUUCAGUGAAGAAAAUGUGUUAUUUUGGCUCGCAUGUGAAGAUUUCAAGAAAACACAAGAUAAGAAGCAGAUGCAGGAAAAGGCAAAGGAGAUCUACAUGACCUUUUUGUCCAGCAAGGCGUCGUCACAAGUCAACGUCGAGGGGCAGUCCCGGCUCAAUGAGAAGAUACUGGAAGAACCACACCCGCUGAUGUUCCAGAAGCUCCAGGACCAGAUCUUCAACCUCAUGAAGUAUGACAGCUACAGCCGCUUCUUGAAGUCUGACUUGUUUUUAAAACACAAGCGAACCGAGGAAGAGGAAGAAGACGCACCCGAUGCUCAAAGUGCAGCUAAAAGAGCUUCAAGAAUUUAUAACACAUGAGCCCCCGGGGAGCCAAUGGGACUGGCAGCUUUCCGAAGCAGAGGAACUCCCUCUCAGGACCGUGCAGGGUUUAUAAUUGCUUUGUUAUCUGCAAGGACCGAAAUGUACAAAACCCUUCAGUGGGAUAUGUGUAUUUUAUUAACUGCUUGACCAGUAAGUUUUGCAUGAUGGUUAAUCUUACAUAAAAAAAUGAAUAGCUUCGAAGUUUUAGUUCACACACACAUGCACAAAAAAAGGUGGAAAGAGUCCUUAAACACUGGACACUUUAAGCAUUUUUUAGCUUUAUUAAACGUCAUGUGAGGCCACCAGGUGAAACUUA